UUUCAACUCAAAAGAAAUUCUCCUAAGAGAAUCAUUCCACAAAGUAAUAAGAUCAUAUUGCCCAUUAAUCCAAAAAUUUUCUUUUUUUUUUCUUGUUAUUUUUGUCAAUUUUCAAUUUUUAUUUUAAAAAACCCACAAGAAAUUCCCUUCCUUUACUACUCUCUUUUCCUUGUUGUCUUCUGUUCAAUAAGAUCACUUUUUAAUGAGUUUUCUUUUGAGUUUCGCGUGUAAAUUCAUCCAUUUGUUUUCUGCAUGUAAAUGCUCUUCUACUUCCGUACCAGCUUCCAACUUCGUUGACUCUUUUUAGUUAAUUUUGCUAUCAAAAACUAAAUUGAAAAUCAAAGGUAAAAUAUAAGGAAGAAGAAAGACAUGGCUGGAAAAAAAAAUUAAGAAGAAAGAAGGAGGAAAUGGAAAAUGAGAGAUGAAAAGUCAGAAUUAAAGAGAGUUAACAGUAUUCUAACUCUGCAGACUGAAACAAAAAUAAUUCAUUUAAAUCUGAAACAUCCUCCUCAAGAUUAGACUCUUCAAUAUCCAAAACACUAUAUUUAUCUAUUGGGGCAUCUUUUGCAACACACUCAGAGGCUUCAUCCAAUCUAUCAAUCUUCACUUCUUCAUUUGAGUAUUUCAACAGAAGUAAAACGCGGAGACCAAAAAAAUCUGCCGCAACAGGCCACAACGCAGCCUCUGCCGCCGCCAGCCACCUACCGCAGCCACCGCCUUCCCCAAUCUUUGCCGCUUGUGUGCCUGACGUCUCUUGGGCUCGGCUGCACCGCCUUCCUGACAGGAAGAUAGAGAGAAUGUUGAGGAGAAAGCCGAGCAAAAUAGAAGUGAAGGUAGAAGACAAAGAAGAACUCCAACAACUCCAACACCAAAAUCGAUUCACUACUCCUCCUUCCUCAUCCAAUCCUACCGCUUCUACUACUCUUCUUCAACAUUUUGAUACUUCUACCUCCAAAUCUCAACGCAUUGGUCUUUCUUCCUCUUAAUGCCCCUCCUUUUUCUUCAUUUCCCAAUUAAUUACAAGUAUCUUCAAUCUUUUCAAUUCAAUUCUCCCAUAACAAAGCUUCAAUCUUUUCUUUAAAACCCUAAUCUCGCAAAACUCUCAUAUUUUCAAUUAAUCUCAGUUUCCCCAUAAAUAGCUUCAAUUCUUCUCGAAAAAUCCCCUUUCUCCCAUCAUAAAGUUUUAAUCCUUUUCAAUUAUUCCCAAAUUUUCCCAUUAUAAAGCUUAUCUUUUCAGUAGUCCCAAAAUUCCCAAAAUUUUGGAACAAUCCCAAUCCUCAUAUAUUUAAUUUGAGUUAUUGUUUUCAAAAUCCAUUUGGAAAAAAAUGGAAGUUGAGGUGAAAUUAAGGUUACCAAACUCCGAAAGUCACCAGGCUCUCUCAUCUGUUCUUUCAAAGUUUCUUGUUAAAACGCAUUUUCAGCACAAUAUUUUCUUUGAUGGUGCAAAUUCUGAGCUUUCAGCUAAGCGUGCUGUUCUUCGUCUGCGUUUCUACGGUGAGGAUCCUCAAACAGCUGAACGAUGCGUUUUGAGUCUCAAGGCAAAAGCUGUGCUUGUUAAUGGAGUUAGUAGGGUUGAGGAAGAUGAGGAAGAGUUUGACCCGUUUUUGGGCCGAGAAAUUUGGGCCAACCCUAAUCUUAUUGGGUCAACAAAGUCCAGGCUUUUAAAUAGGGUGAGACAGGAGUUUAAGGUUGAAGAAGAAAUUGGGUAUGUUUGUUUAGGUGGUUUUAAGAAUGUAAGAGGGGUUUAUGAUUGGAAGGGUUUGAAAUUGGAGGUGGAUGAGACACUUUUUGAAUUUGGUACUUUGUAUGAGAUUGAAUGUGAGAGUGGUGAGCCUGAGAAAGCCAAGGAGAUCAUUGAAGAAGCCUUGAAGGAAAAUGGGAUCCCUUAUUCUUGUUCAAAAAUGUCAAAGUUUGCGAUUUUUCGAUCAAGGGAACUUCCAUUGUGAGUGGCUUUCCAUUUUAUUGUAUUGAGAUAUUUGCUUUGAACUAAUUUGGUCACUUUUUAUGUCUUGUUUGUUUGAUCUAUGUUGUUAAAUGUUAAUGUAUCUGCUGAUAUUAAUUGCUUCAAACGAUCUCACACCUAUGUUUGAAAACCAUAUUAAGCUGAAUCUGUAGCAAUGUAAGGUCAGAACUCAGGAGCAGUGAAUAUGAAUAGAAGAAUUUAGAUGUAAAAUGUUGAUAUUUGUAUAUAUGAAUGUGUAUUGAAUCUAAACGUAAAUCGUAAAUAUAAUCUGAAAAAGCUUACAAUCCAA